CUUGUUGGGGCUGGCCGGGGGUGAGUGACCCCCCACAUACCAAUCGAAACCAGAAUUUCCGUAGUGCCAGAAUUUUUUUCCCAAACUGAUGACUGACUAACUGUUAUUUCCUAGUUGGUGGGUCUCAGCUGCCCGCCGCAGCCAGCGGGAGAGAGACGGCGAGACGAGGGCCAGACCGCCUUGUUAGCGGCGAUAACGUCGUGCUGGCAGUUAUCUUGAGAAAAUAAAAAAGAAUCAUAUCGGCCAAAAAAAAAUGUUCCGGGUAUCCAAGGAGUCAACUGAUUAUUAGCAGGCAAAAAGUGUCAACACUGGCAGCAGGCUCCCUUUGCUGUUUACCACGUUGCUCUGUUAUUUCUCGUUUUCUCUCUCUUUUUUCUCUCCUUUCCACGUCCUCGUUUUCCUAUCGUUUGUCUGACUGACUACGAUUUCCCUUUGCUAAAUAACUGGCAUCUACCCCGUCACUGAAGACGAGAGAGACAUACGGAGGGUCUGUCGGCCAUGAAAGGCGCCCCAGUGUCGCCGCCUUGGGCGCAGCAGGACGAACUCGAGCUGCCCCACCUCUGGCAGAAGCCUGCCCUUCAAGAGCUCUUCAAAUGCCUGCAAGGCCUGCGGCAAGAGCUGCCUGUCUGGAACUUGGACAUGCCGCGUGCAGAAAUUAUCCGCCAGAGGGAGGAAGAGCAGCAGGCGUCGGCGGCACACGACCGCCGCGAGAUUGUCUCCUUCUUGUCCGCCAUCGUGUCAAGCGGCCUAGCAUGGCUUGAGAGCGACGACGAGCGCGAGGAGGUUUGGAGCGAGGCAAGCAAGCGCUUGGCCGAGCGAUGCGGCCGGACUGCCAUGGGAGACAUCACUCGUUGCUGGCCCUUCAAGGACAGAGAAUAUGGCGCGUUCGACUUAGCGAUAAGAGAGCCGUCCAUUACGGGAGACUCUUUGGGGCUGAAGACAUGGGGCUCCUCAUAUGUCCUCGCUCAGCUCCUCCACAAGUUUGCGGCCGGGCCCCUAGCGCAUCUCUUCCCGACAGAUGGUGGCACUGGUGGGAAGACCAAACCCUCCGAAAUCCUUGAGCUUGGGUCCGGCACCGGUCUUCUAGGACUUGCCGCGGCUUGCAUUUGGAAGACCCAUGUCUUCCUCACGGAUCUUCCCGCCAUCAUGCCUAACCUUGCCCACAACGCCGGCCUCAACCUCGCGACGGUUGAAGAGCGUGGCGGGCACGUUGAUGCCGCUGCUUUGACUUGGGGCAGCAACGAAGAGGAAGAAACAGACCCCCAGUUUACAGCAGGGAACCGCUUCCAGCUCAUCCUUGUUGCUGAUCCGUUGUACGACGACAAUCAUCCCGCUCUUCUGGCCGGCGCCAUUGACGGACAGCUUGGCCUCGGCCCAGAUUCCAGGGCCCUUGUCAUGGUUCCUCAGAGGGACGAGAUCACAAAGGGCCUGACUGGUGCCCUGAGAGAGGAAAUGGCGCGACAAACCAACCCAUUGGUUUGUAUUAGCGAGUGUUUGGUCCCAGGGCAGGACGACUGGGAAACCCGCGGCGAUGAUGACGAAGCUGCAAAUGUCGGCUUCUGGUGGGGGGUUUUCAAGCGCCAGCAGAAUACAGCUUGUUCAUCGUAAAUAGGGGCAUCGGCUUUCGUUGCUUUAUUCGCUUAGAACCGAAGGCUACGGGUGAAGAUUUCGGCCUGAUGGGAACGUGGGAUGAGCAAGCGACUAGACUAGACCUAGACCUAGACCUAGACCUUCAGCUUAGAACAUGGAUAGACGAGUAGACGACCCGAAAAGGGGUUCAGGGGAGCCAUGGAUAGAGGGAUAGAAUAGACAUUAGACCUAAUCAGAAAGUCCGUCUGCAGCUCCGGAGAUAGUGCUGCAAAGA